UGAAAGUGUGACAAGUUUGCUAGAAAAACAUGGCGCCAAACGAGACUCCUACCUUAGCGAGAUGGUUAGUCACGUUAUUGCUGACAGUACAACAUCGGAUGAUUAUUCAGAAGCUAAAGAAUUGUUCGAACUUCCUAUAGUGACUAGCGACUGGGUCGUUCUUUCGGUAAAAUGCGGAAGACAGCUUCCCAAAGAAGUGUUUUCUUUGGAGGGGCGUUUGUUUUCCGGUGUUGUUGCCUGUCCUUCUGAACUGGAGAGUGAAGAUGUUCUUCCACUAUGGGGCAUGAUUGUUUACCAUGGUGGACGAUGUCAGCUGGAUUUGGAUGAUGCAGUGACACAUCUCAUUACGGCCUGCACAGAGGGUCUGAAGUAUGAGAGUGUUCAACAACAUACAGAAAAAGUACAUAUUGUGACACCUGACUGGGUCACAGACACCAUCGCUAAAAAUGAAAGACAAGACGAAGAGAUUUACCACCCUCAUUUGGUAGAAUAUCCCAAACCAAAGCCACCAACUCCACUUCCUGAGUCUGUAUGUCAAAAUGAUGUACAGAUUCAGGUUUCAGAUAAUACACCAUCAGUUUCUGAACCCAUGGAUGUUUCUAUCUCUGCAAGCCAUAACAUUCAAUCAGAAGCCCCACGGCCUGACACGCCGAAUGCUAAGGAAGCUUUAGCCAGGAAAAUCAGCAGUAGAGUCAACAUAAUGAUAUCAGAACCAGCCACUCCAGAAAAGACAGGAAUGCCUUCCUUUCAUUCUCUUGGUUCACCUGGUUCUGCUGGUAUUGUUAGAUUACCAUCUCCUGUUCCAUCACUGGGGAUGGGACUGCAUCUGAGACAUGAGGUACCAAACAUCAGAAACACUUUGCGAAAUAUAACAAACAGAGCUGCUGCUCUUCCAGUCAGCAUGCCUGUGAGAGCUUCAGUGCCGUGUACAUCAAAUGUCGCCCAUGUUCCUCCAGUAGUUGUGAGCAACCCACCCCAGGCACCACCUCCUGACUACCCAUUUCCUCCAAAAGCUGUUUCACAUCCUGUACAACAACCAGCUACAUCCCAGUCAUCUGUGAGCACACCCAACAGAUCCCAGUCUAGUGCAUUAUACCAUGGGCAUGACCCAAAGGAGAACGUGCCUCCUGACUUGUGCCUACUUGGUUGCAUAUUUUGUAUUGUAGAUUAUCAAAGUAUAAUAGGAAGCGAUGAACUGAAUGCUUGGCAGAAGGUUAUAGAACAGUAUGGUGGCCAGGUGGAAUCAUCCUACAGUAGUCGAGUUACCCAUGUCCUGUGUGCAAAUCAGAAGUCAGAUGUUUUCAAAGUGGCCCAGAAGGAAGGAAAACGUUUAGUUUCAGCAUUCUGGUUAAAUGAUUGUUUGAUGCAGAAAAAGAUGGUUCCUCCAUGGCAAGCCUUGCAUCUGCCAUUAUCUUUCAACUCUGAGAAGCCUGGUUUCAACCAGAUGAUCAGUGUUACAAACUUUGAUGGUGAGGAAAGAGUCAGACUGAAACAAAUGAUUAAUGCCAUUGGUGCUAAAUACACUGGCUACAUGACACAUCAUAACUCAGCUCUCAUUUGUAAGAAACCUGGCGGAAUGAAGUUUGAGAAAGCAAAGGAGUGGAGAAUAGCAGUUGUUAAUGUUCAAUGGCUGUCUGAUCUGGUUCUAGGUAAUAUGGAUGCUCUAAGGCUUCCAGUUCAUGUUCGCUAUUUACAAGUUGGACAGGGGCGAGAAUUUCAUAUGGAUUUAACCCGUGUUUCUCACUUAAUGGGCGGUUGGAAAACAUCAUUAAAGAUUAAUAAGGAGACAUGGAAAAAGUUUGCUCCAAGUAUUUCUUCUUUUGGGCAGGAAAACAGACGUCUAAGUGGACCCUCGCCACCAAAAAGAUUAAAAGUUGAUACUGCAUCCUCAGCUCCAGAAGCAGAAGUGGGUGCACCAAGAGUAAUGUUCACACUGUAUCCAAAGUCACUGACCUCCAGACUUGAGGCCAUAGUGAAGAAACUUGGUGGUGUAACAGUCAACAACCCAUGCCAUUGCACACACUUGGUUUGUCCUAGCUUGGCCAGAACUAUCAAAUUUUUUGUGGCUAUAAACUGCUGUCACUUCAUUCUCACUAAGAAAUGGUUGGAAGACAGUGCAGCUCAAGACAGAUUUCUUGAAGAGACUCCCUAUGCUCUUAAAGAUGAAAAGGGAGAGGCAGCAUUGGGCUGCAACAUAAUGGAGUCUCUGAGACGUGCUCAAAUACGACAUCUGUUUCAAGACCUUGUCUUCCAUAUAACUCCCAGUGUGGUGCCACCAGUCUGUGAGAUGACCAGUAUCAUCCAGAGUGCAGGCGGUACGGUGGUUCAGAAACGCCCAUCAGUUAAACAAAUUGCUACAUCCAUGGAUGAAAAGGGACACCCGAAAAUCAUUGUAAUUACUUGCCUAAAUGAUCUACAUUUGUCACAAGACCUGCGUAACAAAAAAAUACCUGUCUACAAUGCAGAGUUUGUUCUCACAGGUGUGAUGAGGCAGGACAUUGACUUUAAUAUGUUCAGGAUAAUGACUAGUGUUUGA